AGAUCGACGGCGACCAGUUCUUCUCCGACGACCACAAGGCGGAGAUCCAGCGAGACAUCCGGGGCAAGCUCACGGACGAGCUCCAGGACAAGGUGGACGCGCAGAUCAAUUACCACUGCACUAGCCUCUACGACCACACCGUCUUUGAGGCCUUUAGCAAGGUCGUGCAGAAGAUGGUCCCGCACUUGGAGGUCUUGGAGCAGUGCCUGGACCUCCUUAUCACCCAGUCUCGCAUGGAGAAGGCGUUUCUCUUCGACGUGGUGUCGAAGGUGUACAUCGCCUCCGACCCCCAGCCGGUGGCUCUGCAGCAGUACGAGCUCUGCUCCGACAUGAUCGACGUGGUCAUCGACGUCUCGUGCCCU